AUGGUCAACGAGGUCCGUCAGCUGUAUACAAUCCCAAGGCUUCGGUUGAUAGUGAAAAAGGUGAAACGUGAAUGUGUUGUUUGCAAGAUGCGUGAAGUUCGACCUAUAAUUCCACUGAUGGCACCUCUUCCGGCUGCACGUCUGGCUCAUCAUGAAAGACCUUUCACCUAUACAGGUGUUGACUAUUUUGGCCCGCUGUUGGUUAAACUUGGGCGGUCUAAUGUCAAACGUUGGAUCGCAUUAUUUACCUGCCUGACGGUACGUGCGGUACACCUGGAGAUUGCUUACACACUAUCGACAGAAUCUUUUAUCUCCUGUGUCCGUAGAUUUGUGGGGCGCCGGGGACCACCGGCGGAAUUUUUUAGCGAUAAUGGAACAAACUUCCAAGGAGCAGAUCGUGUACUCCAGCAUCAAAUAAGCCAGGGACUGUCAGAGACGUUCACCAGUGCAAAUACAAAAUGGAAUUUCCUGCCACCGGGAGCGCCCCACAUGGGAGGAGCAUGGGAGCGCUUGGUGCGAUCAGUGAAAGCGGCUAUGGAUGAGGCUUACAAAGAGGGGAAGCUCGACGACGAGGGGCUGCAGACGCUGGUCGUGGAGGCUGAGAACAUGGUGAAUACAAGGCCACUGACGUAUUUACCCCUGGACUCGGAGGAGGCAGAAGCCCUAACGCCGAACCAUUUUCUGCUGCUGAGCUCUAACGGGGUGAAGAAGGUGAUGAGAGAAAGUGGGACUACGACCCGGGUGGAGCCUAGUGAACUGCUGCGACGGCAAAUUCUCGGCAAGUCCUGGGAUCUAAUCCAACGCCAAAUAAAGGUUUUUUGGAAACGCUGGUUGAAUGAAUAUCUGCCGGUGAUUCGUCGACAGCCGAAAUGGUUCGCAGAAACCCCAGCGCUAAAACCAGGAGACCUGGUGAUGGUUGCGGAAUCUUCAAAGCGCAAUGGUUGGGAGCGUGGACGCAUUGUUCGUAUGAUACAACACCCGGAUGGACGAUAUCGACGAGCUAUCGUGAAAAUCGGGGAGAAAACUCCGGUGCGACCAGUGUCACGGUUGGCCCUACUCGACGUGAGGAAUUGUGAAGAUCCGGAGGAUUCCGGGCUACACCUAGGGGGGAAUGUCAACGCAGAUUACGACGAGUUGGCAACCGUGCCCCGAACCGAAUUUGCAAAUGGUCAAGCGAACGUUGUCAAGUAG